AUGACCACCUUCAAGGACAUUUACCGCAAAGACGGGAUCAAGGGAACCAACAAAGGUGUCAAUACCGUGGCCGUCAAGCUUGAUGUGAUGGGCAAAGUUUCACACAACAGUAUAAUGCAUUUCCUUCCGCAGGCUGUCUCUAAGUGGAUUGGUAUAUGCAAGAUGUAUCAAAGAUCCAAAGGGAACAAGGACGGAGUAAGGAAAAUUACCUUUGAGGAAUCAUAUCACCGACAUUGA